CUGACAGCGCACUCGUACUUCCAGGGCCAGGUGGACAGCGGCUCGUGCCAAAUGAGCUGGAGCCGGCCGCGGUUCGUGCUACAGACCGAGUUUGACAAGGGGUGGACGCGGUUCGCGGACAAGUACCAGCUGCAUUUGUACCGCGAGGGCGGUUUCGACGUGCACGACGAGCCGUACCGGAUCCCGGUUCUGUUUGUGCCGGGGAACGCCGGCAGCCACAAGCAGGUGCGGUCGAUAUCGUCGGCGGCGGCGGCGGCGUUUGUGGAGCUGGCGGGAAAGGACCCGGAGGUGGUGGAGCGGGGGCAGAUCGGGUUUGAUUUCUUCACGGUCGGGCUGAACGAGGAGUUCACCGCCCUGCACGGGUACUCGAUCCUGGAGCAGGCUGAUUUCAUCAACGACGCAAUCCGGUUUAUUCUGUCGCGGUACGCGGAGACGAGGGCAAAACACCAGGUUGCAAGUGCGGACACCGAGUUUGCGCUGCCCACUUCGGUCAUUGUGGUGGGCCAUUCGAUGGGCGGGGUGGUGGCCCGCACGGCGUUUACGCUGGCGAACCACAUUGUGGGGUCGGUGCAGGCGAUAUUCACGCUGUCGACGCCGCACAACAACCCGACGGCGUCGCUCGAGUACUACGUCGACAAGGUGUACAUGGGCGUGAACAGCUUCUGGCGCCACGGCUUCCACAACGGCACAUUGGACAACGUCAGCCUAGUGUCGAUUGCCGGCGGCAACCGGGACGGCAUGAUCAACUCCGACUAUGCGUACGUGGGGGACCUGGCGCCCGCACGCAAUGCGCUCAGCGUGCUGUCGUCGGGGAUCAACGAUGUCUGGCUGAGCGUCGACCACCAGUCGAUUCUGUGGUGCGGGCAGAUGGCGAUAAAGUUUGCGCGCAUGCUGACCAUGAUCAUGGACGCACGGCGGCCCGAGCAGAUUCUGCCGCUGGAUGAGCGCAUGCAGCUGAUGCGGCGCGAGCUGUACUCGGGACUCGAGGAG